ACCAAAACCCUCCUCUCCAUCUCCUCCAAACCAAAACGUAAGUAUAAUCCAAUCUUCUUAGAAGAGCAGAAACGAGAAGAAGAAAGGGAAGAUGCCGAAGAAGUUGGGAGUGAACUCGAAGGCGGAGGCGGCUCGCGCCCGGCGCGGCGCGGCGGAGGCGGAGCGCAAGGAGCGCGAGGCCCGCGAGAAGGAGGAGCAGCACUGGCGCGCCGCCGAGGGCCCCAAGUCCCGCGCCGCCAAGAAGCGCGAGGACGAGGCCGAGAAGCGCGCGGAGGCCGCCGCCCGCAAGGCCGAGAACCGCAAGCUCGCCGAGAUCGAGCAGCAGGAACUGGAGAAAUCCGGCCGCAAGCCCGACCGCAAGGCCAGCCGCGUCUCCGUCCCCGCCCCCAAAGUCACCGAGGCCGAGCUCGAGCGCCGCCAGGAGGAGGAGCGCCAGCGCAUCCUCCGCAACGCCGAGGUCGCCAAGAAACGGCAGAGCCGCACCGCCGACGAGGAGGAGUACGAGCGCAUGGUCCUCGUCGCCAACACCAACCGCGACGACUCCGUCAUCGAGGCCCACUCCGUCGAGGACGCCAUCGCCCGCAUGGCCAUCACCGAGCCCCCGCUGCCCCCCGAUCGCCACCCUGAGAGGAGGCUCAAAGCCUCCUUCAAGGCUUUUGAAGAAGCAGAGCUUCCCAGACUGAACGAAGAAAAACCAGGUCUAACCCUCAACCAGUACAAGGAUAUGAUUUGGAAGCUAUGGAAGAAAUCCCCAGACAAUCCCCUCAACCAGGUUGCUGAGUGAUCAUGCAGGAUCAAUUAUUCAAUAAUCACAGGUGAUUGGAUCAAUGCAAAGAAGCAUUUCUACUCUUGUCUGGAUCAGUUGAAGGAGCUGCUUUUACUUUCCAGUGGUAUCUCUUUGUAAGACAUUUGUGUAGGCUGAAAAAUGCCAUUCUUGGGUAUCUUUGCUCAUAGUAAGUAGCUGCGACCGGUGUAUGUCAGAAGAGUACAACAGAGCUGGAAGUAAUAGGAGAUCUUACUGAUUUACUUUUUCAUUGUCUUGGUUGAGAAACUUGUUAAACUAUAGCCUUUUGUAUGUAUUAGGAAUCAAAAUGUCGGUGCCAUCUCUGAAACAUAUUUGGAGAUAUACAUGCUAUAGGCUAUAUGUUAUAAAUUAUUGGGAUUGUGUGACAAGAUUUAUUUGCUGAAUGGACUAGAUGAACUUGUUUAUGCAGACUUAAGGUUCGUUUGGAACAAGUUAUCUACUUUA